GUUCAGACUUGUUCCUGUCUCGGUGCUGUCAGGUUUCUCUACACUGUGUGUGUGUGUGUGUGUGUGUGUGUGUGUGCGCGCGCUGUAAGGACUCACACUGUCUGAUCUGAUCAUCAGUCCGAGUCAUUAAUCAGGGAUCGAUUUAUUAGUUAUUCGCGCGUGAACCGGAAGAGGCGCGUGCUGUCUGUUUAUAUCAUCAAGGUGUGUGACUAUGUCGAGUCGUGGAGGGAAGAAGAAGCUGACGAAGACGUCCCGCUCUGUGAGGGCAGGAGUGAUCUUCCCCGUGGGCCGGAUGCUCAGGUACAUCAAACACAACCUGCCCAAGUACCGCAUCGGCGUCGGAGCUCCGGUGUACCUCGCUGCAGUGCUGGAGUACCUCACAGCUGAAAUUUUGGAGCUAGCAGGUAAUGCAGCUCGUGACAAUAAGAAAGGUCGAGUAACUCCACGACACAUCCUGCUGGCCAUUGCUAAUGAUGAGGAGCUCAAUCAGCUGCUGAAAGGUGUGACGAUUGCUGCAGGUGGCGUUUUGCCCAACAUCCACCCCGAGCUGCUCGCCAAGAAACGCGGCUCUAAGGGUAAACUGGAGGUCGUGGUGUCGCCUCCACCUGCCAAAGGCAAGACCUCGAAAAAAACACCCACCGCCAAGAAAACGCCCAGCAAGAAGUCCUCUAGAGUAAAGAGGCGUGGUGAUGGCAGUAAGGCGGUGACAGCAGACAGCACCACUGACUCUGCGUCUGAUGGAUUCACUGUUCUCUCGUCUAAGAGCCUGUUCCUGGGACAGAAGCUGCAAGUCGUACAAGCUGAUAUUUCCGCUAUCAACAGUGAUGCUGUCGUUCAUCCCACCAACUCCACCUACCACACGGGUGGAGAAGUAGGGAGCGCACUGGAAAAGAAGGGCGGGAAGGAGUUCGGCGAAGCCGUGUUGGAGCUGCGCAAGAAGAACGGCCCUCUGGAGGUGGCUGGAGCUGCGAUGACGUCAGGUUACGGCCUUCCCGCGAAGUUUGUGAUCCACUGUAACAGUCCUGGCUGGGGCUCGGAUAAAUGCGAGGAGCUGCUGGAUAAAACUGUGAAGAACUGCCUUGCUUUGGCUGAUGAGAAGAAACUUAAAUCUGUGGCGUUUCCCUCCAUCGGCAGCGGCAGGAACGGUUUCCCGAAGCAGACGGCCGCUCAGCUGAUCCUGAAAGCCAUCAAUAGCUACUUCGUGUCCACCAUGUCGUCCUCCAUCAAGACCGUCUACUUCGUCUUGUUUGACAGUGAGAGCAUCGGCAUCUACGUCCAGGAAAUGGCCAAACUCGAUGCCAAAUAGCUUUAUAUCCAUGUGUUUUUAUUGCUUUCUGGGUUUCAUGCACAGAUCUCUGCUUUAGAGCUCCAGUUAUUCUCCUGAUGUCAUGUGCUGUGAGAGUCAUGUGACUUCCAUGUCGGUGUUUUCUCUCCGUGCUGUAAAAUGAGCAGUUCCCUGUGGAUGGAAAUGUUUCCCACAAAAAACAUUCAGGUUUAAUGAAUUCUAACAAAUUUUCCUUUGUUAAUGAGAUUAAAUCUCAUGGACAAUUUCUGUUAAAAUUUUAAGAAUAACUCUGUGGUGUCCUUCAGGGCUCCAUGCUCUUCUCCUGUUAUUUUUUUGCAGGUGUUUGCUUUAAAUGCAUUUUUAGUGUUGCUUGAUAAAUUUAUAAGAUGACUAAAUCAUUCCUCCAGGGAAUCUGUAAUCAUUAUCUAGCUGUGUGCAGAACCUCAACUGUAUCUGGAGGCGCUAACCUAGAGAUCUGUGGUUUUAAAGAUGUUUGAUGAGAUAUUUGUGGACUUUAUGUUGAGACGGUGGUUGAGUGUGUGUUUGUGGCGUUGUCUCACUGCCGGACUGUUUGAAAUUUAUUAGAGACCGAGGGGACUGUGUAUAAUCACGUGCACACAUGUAGGAAUACCUAGUGUCACAAAGUUGUGACCUCAUUAACAUUUAGCCAACAAGUUAGCUUUAAAUCACUUUAUGCCAAUGAGUUGUCGAGAUUUUUCUCACACUGGAGCUGUUUCUAUGGUAACAUAUCACAGACACAUGGUAGCACUGAUGAUGAUGAUUUCAUUGACAGAGAAUGAUGGAAGGUGAUUGAUAAGUGGACACUAAACGAUUCCGUAAUGCUGACGUGAAAUGCGCUAUAACACUUUAGAACUGCAGGAUGCUGAUUGGGUACUGUCGCUUCUGUAACACAAAACCUAUAAAUAUGUAAAAAUCUAUAAAUCAUAAAAGAUAAUUGAAUGUUUACAUUUAUAUUACUUUCAUUCAAGUUUGCCAAAAAAAGACAUUUAAUUAUUAAAAAAAUAAAUAGUGUGUAAGAGAAUUUAAUGAGAGUAAUAAAUUUGGAACAGUCUAAGGCGGUGUGGUUUAGGAGUUUAGGACGGUGUGGGGGUGGGUUCUGGGGGGUGGGUUGUAGAUGGUACAUUCCGAAAGCGGACGUGGUGUGAGUGUAUGAUACACUCAGUGCACUUUGUUGUUUGUGAUGUAGCGACGUAUUAUUUAAUUCUCCUUGAUUCUGGUUCUUUCCCUGAUGUGCAGAACGCACACUAAAUAUAAUUAUAAAAUAUAUAAAAUGUACAACAGAUGUUUUAAUAAAAUAUCACCCUGUGAUAAACAGUU